GCACAGCAAAGAACCUAAGCUUGACGCGGAACUGAUUGAUUACCCCCAUGAUACCGUGGCUGGGAAUCUGCAGCCAACAGGUGCCUGUAUUUGUGGUACUGGUUAACGUAAUUAAUUGCUUAUCUUCCUGCCCUCCAUCUGAUAAAGGAGCUCGGGGGAAACGUUACGCCGAUGUCCGCCCACCUUCACACCACCCAAGAUCUGCCUUGGAGACAUUGAAUGGAAGCAGUCAAGACGGAUUGAAGUCAUCUUACCAUGACUCAAAAAGGACGAACGGGGAAACCCUUGGGGAGGACUACCGGAUCUCUCAAUGCUCCAAUAGCUGCCUUUACCAUGGCAAUUAUUCUAUGCUCUUACUGCAUCAGUUCCAUCAACUCCGCUCGCCGCGAGGCACAAUCGUCCCCAGUCACCGCGACUACAAGGGCCCAGAAGUUCUCCGUGGAAAAGUCCGACCAAUCAUGGGUACAGCAAGCAUUAGAACAGAGCAGAGAUGCAGAGCGGCGAAAUCGGUCGAGGUAGUCCUGCGUUAGAUUUGUACGAUAGCAGAGGCUUGAGAUUGAUUGAGUUAAAAAGGAGACCAAGAAAGAACGCUCAUGAUUGUUGCGGCUUGGAUUAAGAUAAUGAUGCACUAAAAUUUCUGAGGUGACCUUUCCACACAAUGCGUCGUUGUCAAGUUCAUCUCUCGAAGUCCAUGAUCAGAAUUUUCAGUGUAUGUGAAUAGUCAUAUCCAGAGGGUUUUGUAAUCUGGAUCUACCAUUUCAUUUGAAUGUUCAUCAUAUCAAAGGAAAGUCGAGGAUAACUUGGGAACUCUGCCCUCCUUGCAAGACAACAUACAGAGACUGAUAUCUGC